AUGUGGAAAGGUGUUUUUCUCUCUUUUACUCACUUUCCUUUCUUUUCUCUCUCAUGUUUCCUCUUUUCUUUAUUUCUUCUUCUUUACACAGUUCAGCUUCAACACGGUCCGGCUGCAACAGAGAUAUAUACUUUCUUCUUCUCUCUUGAUUUCUCUUUUCUUUCUUCAAACACAGGCUGUAUUCUCAGUGUGCGAAUUUCCUGGCGUCUUCUAUCAUUCUCACACGCCUUACAUCUCAUUUUUAUCUAUCUAUCUAUCUAUCUAUCUAUCUAUCUAUCUACUCGUUCACUAAUCUGUCUGUCAGUAUCAAUAUAUGACAAUUUCUUUCGUUUGUGUGUUUGCAUGCGCUCUAUUCCCUCUCAUGAUAUACCUAUCUAUUUGCCAUUUUCUGUUUUUUUUUUUUCACAGAUACACACAUCUGUACUAAUGAAGAUAACAGAAGCUUAUUCUUUUUUCUCUUUCUGCUUUACAUCGAAUUGUACGUAUAUAUCUAUGUUAGAAGAAAUUCUUUAUCACGCCUACCUUUCUCUUUAA